AGAGGCGUACAGUUUAACGUGUAGUACGUUACAAACGCCAUUCACAGGAGAAUUAGACUGAAAGUAAACACACAACACGGAGCAGCUUUAGCACUUUUAUAUCUUUUAUAGCACCGUUGUGUGUUUAUAGAGAAGUGACUGGGAGAUGGCUAAAGGAGAAGGAGCUGAACAGUACUCUAACUCCAGUCUGCUGAGGAAACGCGAUGAUAAUGAAGUCAUAACCGCUUCUAAGGGGGAGGAGAAAAGACCUUUAUCACUGUGCAAUAAGCUAUGUUAUGCUGUAGGAGGAGCGCCUUAUCAGAUCACAGGAUGUGCCUUGGGUUUUUUCCUCCAGAUCUAUCUCCUGGAUGUUGCUCUGUUGGAUCCAUUCUAUGCCUCCAUUAUCCUUUUUGUUGGGCGAGCCUGGGAUGCCAUCACCGACCCCACUGUGGGUUUCCUGGUCAGCCGGACUCCGUGGACCAGAUUUGGGAGAAUGAUGCCAUGGAUUAUUCUGUCUACUCCCUUUGCAGUAAUAUCUUACUUUCUCAUCUGGUACGUGCCUCCUGUGGAUCAGGGUAAAGUCCUCUGGUACCUCGUAUUCUACUGCCUCUUCCAGUCUCUGCAAACGUGCUUCCAUGUGCCAUACUCAGCCCUCACCAUGUUCAUCAGUUCAGAGCAGAAGGAGAGAGAUUCAGCCACCGCCUAUCGUAUGACUGUGGAGGUUUUGGGAACUGUCAUUGGCACUGGAAUACAAGGUCAGAUUGUGGGGAUGGCCAAUGCGCCCUGCAUACCGGUUGGAAAUGAUCUCAACUCCACUUCCCCGAAUUUUGGAUCUGAGCUCAACAGCAACCAAACAAUUUCCCUUGAAGACACAAGACAGGCUUACAUGAUUGCCUCAGGAGUUAUUUGUGCCAUGUACAUCCUCUGUGCCAUCACACUGUUCCUUGGAGUGAAGGAACGCAAAGAAGCCUCAAAGGUACGAUCCGAGCGAAUGUCCUUCUUCCGGGGUAUCCGUCUAGUGAUGGGCCAUGGUCCGUACGCCAAGCUGGUGAUGGGCUUCCUCUUCACCUCUCUGGCUUUCAUGCUCUUGGAGGGCAAUUUUGCUCUGUUCUGUUCCUACACCCUGGGCUACAGAGAUGAUUUUCAGAAUGUCCUGCUGGUUGUCAUGCUCUCUGCCACUCUCACCAUCCCUUUCUGGCAGUGGUUCCUUACCCGAUUUGGCAAGAAAACAGCCGUCUAUGUUGGGACUACAAUCGUGAUUCCAUUCUUGAUCACAGUGGUCCUGUUGAAGAGUAAUCUCAUUGUGACCUACAUUAUUGCCUUUGCUUCUGGAGUCAGCAUCGCUGCCGCCUUUCUCCUCCCCUGGUCUAUGCUUCCUGAUGUGGUUGAUGACUUCAAAGUUCUGAAUCCUGAAUCUCAGGGUCACGAAGCCAUCUUCUACUCCUUCUACGUGUUCUUCACGAAGUUUGCCUCUGGAGUUUCUUUAGGAAUUUCAACUCUAAGCCUCGAUUUUGCAGGUUACGUAACAAGAGGCUGCACACAACCAGCUGCGGUGGAUAUUACACUGAAGAUUCUGGUCUCUGCUGCUCCAAUUGUACUAAUCAUCAUCGGACUGAUCAUAUUUAUCUCUUAUCCUAUUGACGAGGUGAGGCGGCAGGGAAACCGCAAACUUCUCAACGAGCAAAGGGAGCUGGAAUCAGAUGCAGAGUUGUCAGAAUCUGAGCUGGUCAAUGUGCUGUAACAUCACAGAACUCUAAAGAGGGCUUCAAAUUGGACGACCAAAUAAGGGACCCUCAGAGAAAUGCCCUCGGAGGCAUUCAGGCCAAUCGUGUUUACCCUAUUGUGUUUUGUGACAUCUAAAUCGUUAGAAACCUCGAGUGGAUGAUCUGGAAGUGUCUGAAAGCAGACUCAAUUUGUUCCCCAUAGAACAAGCACAAAACACUUGACCUGUGCUCAGAGCAUACGCAUUUUUAGUUUAUGUUGCCAAUGUUAGUGCUACUCUCUAGAAUGGAAGUAAGACAUGUCCUGAACUUGAAAAGCACAAAGCACUCACACUACACUAAACAUUUUUAUACAUGUUCAUACUUUUGUUGUGUUGCAAAACAUAAGCAGUAUACUACACUGCUUUAUUACAGUGCACAGAAUAAUUCAGUGUGUGCGUGUGUGCCAUGUGUGCAUGUACGUGUGUGUGUGUGCCAUGUGUGCAUGUACGUGUGUGUGCCAUGUGUGCAUUUACACGUGUGUGUGCUAUGUGUGAAUUUACAAGUGUGCAUGUACAUGUGUGCCGCGUGUGACAUGUGACAUGAGCAUGUACAUGCAUAGGAAGAUCUGCGUAUUUAAUUCAUAUCCCCAAUCCAUUUUCCUUCUAUUUCUCCACACAGAAUACAGUAUCCGUCUAACUUUUGAUCCUUUAAUUGUGUUAAACAAAAGAAACGUUUAAACAUCACUGUCAGUAGCACAGUUCUAGUAUUUGCACAGUUAUUAUUAGCAGAUUCGUUCCAUUUGGUUUACCAGGGUGUUGAAUAUUAAUUUAUCGACAUGGAUGGUGUUGGUCCUGCAUCGUCUACAAUCUCCAAUAUGAGGAGAACGAAGCUCUAAUUAUUUAAUAUUUUUAAUAUUAUGUUGGUUUGGCCAUGUCAACUUUUAUGUAACUCUUUAAAGGGCAGUGAAAGGUUUUUGGAGCUAAUUGAUGUAUCCACAUUUAAGAUUCUUAUGGUGUUACAUCACUGUUUCAGUGUUUGUCCUUAAUUUAUAUGUGAAUCUGCUGCCUCUACAAAAGAUGGCAUAAGGGAAGCACUAGGGUUUUUAUUUAAGUGUCGUCAUAGUGGAUGACCGUAUGUAUUAAUCUGAAAGUGGUUUGUAAAUGAAAAUGAAAACCAUCAUAUAUAUAUAUAUAUAUAUGAUAUAUAUAAUUUUUUUUUUUUUUUGCAUGUCAUCUCUUCAGACCUAAGAUGACUUGUGAAUAUACGUUUGUAUAUGUUGUCAUAUGUCAUACAUAUAUAAUGUAUCUACAAAUGUUGCAGAAUCUCUUGAAGGGUUUUUUUUUGUUAUUUCUGCUGAGAUUACUGCCAUUCUACUGGUUUACUGCCAGAAGCAAUUCCACUAAGGACUGUUGCUGUACAUAUUUAUGUGUACAUAUGUAGAUAAUGUUUGUACAGUGUUUCAAUAUUAAGUGUUAAUGAUUGUUGGAAAAAGGACACUUUUGUCUUGUUAUUUAAAAGCUGAUUAAAUCUGAUUUGUUUAAUAAAUGCUCAUUGUCUUUA